AUGGAAGCACUGCUUUAUUGCGAAUUUGAUAAUCUCAAGGGCUCUAUGAUCAUGUAUCAAUACCCCAAAAUGAGAAUUUCUAAUGAAUUGUUUGAAACAUACUCGGAAUUUGUAAUUACAAAAACUAAAUUAUGUGGGAAAAUUGUAUCGUUUAAACACGAGCAGUUAAUAUUUAUCGGAGUGCCUCAAUGCAUUGAAGGCUCUAAAUAUGAAAGAAAUGCAUUAUUAUUUAAUUUAGUUUUCGUUUUGGAUAGCACAAAAUUAAAAAGAGAAUUUCCACCGGAAUGUUUUAAAUCUAUUGCAUCUAAAAUGUCGUAUUAUUUACGGAAUUUGGAGAUCUAUACUGAUUUAACUACGAGACAAGAAACAUCGAUCAUUAUUGAUACAGCUCAUUCUAUUCAUUUGAAAUUAAUACCUUUACUGAAAAAGCCAGAGGCUGUGCAUGCACAUGAUGUACCGAUGCCAAUCAGAAAUAUUCAACAAUUACUUGCCCAACAAUCAGAUUCAUGGGAUAUGACUUUAUCACAAAUUGUGCCCUAUAUCAAUGGAGUAUCGUUUGUGAAACAAAUUGCAAUCCAAAGCAAUGUGCAUAUAGAAAUUGUGAAAAAGAGCUUACAGCACUUACUUUACUUUGGAUGUAUCAAAAUAGUAGAUAUUUUCCAGUACAGCAACAUGUAUGCCAUUAGAAAUACCAAAAUAUUCAGUCAAUUACUUUCUAGCCAUGAACUUCAAGAAGAGCUUUUCCAUUAUUGUUGCUCAGGAUUAGAGAAGUCAUCAAUACCGUUUGAGUCUUCACAAAUUUUACACAACAUCCUUCAACUAUACUGUAAAUUCAAACCAGGUGUUAGAGUUCAAGACAUUCUCGAGAAGUAUCACCAUAUUUGUCAAUAUAUCAAUCCCAAAUGCCUCAUUACCUUUGGCUUGAUCAAAGGAUUUCUCACUCGUGUUCAUGAGUAUCCUAUACUAAUGAAAGAGGAAAGACAGUUAGUGCAAGCAGAAAUGGACAACGAGCAGUUAGAACAUGAUCACUUGUCACACAGCCUGUCUCCCUCAUCCUCAACAACAUUUACAGUCAUUACUAGACCAAGAAGAUCUUCUCAACCCAUCCAAGUCAUCAACAUGGAUGUAUUACGACCCUAUCUGAAUGGAAAAUACUCAAUGGAUGCCAUUUGUUGUGAGCUAGAAAUCACACGAGCUGAACUUUUGAAAUCCUUGGAUCAAUUUGACAAUGUUCAAGUCAUUAAUCGUUGA